UAGGAAUUAACCAGAACAAAAUCCAGAUUAAACUAAUUGGCUUGUCUACUGAAGAAAAGGAAAACAAAAUACAUUUCUCUACCUUAAGACACAGUCAUAGAUACAGAGGGUUUUCAGAACCACCUCAAAGAAGAUGUUUAAAUCGCUGACAAAAGUCAACAAGGUGAAGCCUAUAGGAGAGAACAAUGAGAAUGAACAAAGUUCUCAUCAGAAUAAGCAGGGCUCUCAGCCAAAUAAUCAGCCUCAGCAAACCACAACACAGGAAGAAAACAAAAGUGAAGAGAAAUCUCUCAAAACCAAGUCGACUCCAGACACGUCUGAAGAGCCACACACCAACAUACAAGACAAACUCUCCAAGAAAAAUUCCUCCGGAAAUCUGACAACAAACCCUGACCCUCAAAAUGCAGCAGAACCAACCAGAACAAUGCCGGAGGAGAAGGAAGUGGACCCUGGGAAAGAAGGUCCAAACAGCCCACAAAGCAAACCGCCUGAACCUCCUGUUAUAAAUGAGUAUGCUGAUGCCCAACUACACAACCUAGUGAAAAGAAUGCGUCAAAGAACAGCCAUCUACAAGAAAAAGUUGGUAGAGGGAGAUCUCUCCUCACCCGAAGCCAGCCCAAAAACUGCAAAGCCGACAGCUGUACCAGCAGUAAAAGAAAGUGAUAAGCCAACAGAAGAACAUUACUACAGGCUGUUAUGUUUCAAAGUCAAGAAGAUGCCUUUAACAGAGUACUUAAAGCAACUUAAACUUCCAGAAAGCAUAGAUUCAUACACAGAUCAACUCUACCUCCUGUGGCUCUUGCUUGUCACCCUUGCCUAUAACUGGAACUGCUGGUUUAUACCACUGCGCCUCGUCUUCCCAUAUCAAACUCCAGACAACAUACACUACUGGCUUAUUGUGGACAUCAUAUGUGACAUCAUCUACCUUUAUGAUAUACUAUUAAUCCAGCCCAGAAUCCAGUUUAUAAGAGGAGGAGACAUAAUAGUGGAUUCAAAUGAGCUAAGGAAACACUACAGGAGUUCUACAAAAUUUCAGUUGGAUGUUGCAUCAAUAAUACCAUUUGAUGUUUGCUACCUCUUCUUUGGGUUUAAUCCAAUAUUUAGAGCAAAUAGGAUGUUAAAGUAUACUUCAUUUUUUGAAUUUAAUCAUCACCUAGAGUCUAGAAUGGACAAAGCAUAUAUCUACAGAGUUAUUCGAACAACUGGAUACCUGCUGUUUAUUCUGCACGUUAAUGCCUGUGUUUAUUACUGGGCUUCAAACUAUGAAGGAAUUGGCUCUACUAGAUGGGUGUAUGAUGGGGAAGGAAACAAGUAUCUGAGAUGUUAUUAUUGGGCAGUUCGAACUUUAAUUACCAUUGGUGGCCUUCCAGAACCACAAACUUUAUUUGAAAUUGUUUUUCAACUCUUGAAUUUUUUUUCUGGAGUUUUUGUGUUCUCCAGUUUAAUUGGUCAGAUGAGAGAUGUGAUUGGGGCAGCUACAGCCAAUCAGAACUACUUCCGCGCCUGCAUGGAUGAUACUAUUGCCUACAUGAACAAUUACUCCAUUCCUAAACUUGUGCAAAAGCGAGUUCGGACUUGGUAUGAAUAUACAUGGGCCUCUCAACGAAUGCUAGAUGAGUCCGAUUUGCUUAAGACCCUGCCGACUACAGUCCAGUUAGCCCUGGCCAUUGAUGUGAACUUCAGUAUCAUCAGCAAAGUCGACUUGUUCAAGGGUUGUGAUACACAGAUGAUUUAUGACAUGUUACUAAGAUUGAAAUCCAUUCUCUAUUUGCCUGGUGACUUUGUCUGCAAAAAGGGCGAAAUUGGCAAGGAGAUGUAUAUCAUCAAGCAUGGAGAAGUCCAGGUCCUUGGAGGCCCUGAUGGUACUAAAGUUCUGGUUACGCUGAAGGCUGGGUCAGUGUUUGGAGAAAUCAGGGACUUGGAUGAAUCUGGAAGCCAUCAUUUUCAGCAAACUGACGCAAGAACAGAAAACCAAAUGCCUCAUGUUCUCACUCAUAGCCUUCUAGCAGCAGGAGGAGGAAACCGUCGAACUGCCAAUGUGGUGGCCCAUGGGUUUGCCAAUCUUUUAACUCUAGACAAAAAGACUCUUCAAGAAAUUCUAGUGCAUUAUCCAGAUUCUGAAAGGAUCCUCAUGAAGAAAGCCAGAGUGCUUUUAAAGCAGAAGGCUAAGACUGCAGAAGUAACCCCUCCAAGAAAAAAUCUUGCCUUCCUCUUCCCACCAAAAGAAGAGACACCCAAACUGUUUAAAACUCUCCUAGGAGGCACAGGAAAAGCGAGUCUUGCAAGACUACUCAAACUGAAGCGAGAACAAACAGCUCAGGAAAAAGAAAAUUCUGAAGGAGGAGAGGAAAAAGAAAAUAAAGAUAAACAAAAAGAAAAUGAAGAUAAAGGAAAAGAAAAUGAAGAUAAAGGAAAAGAAAAUGAAGAUAAACAAAAAGAAAAUGAAGAUAAACAAAAAGAAAAUGAAGAUAAAGGAAAAGAAAAUGAAGAUAAAGGAAGAGAGCCAGCAGAGAAGCCACUGAACAGGCCUGAAUAUACAGCAAGUCCUGUUGCAGUGGAAGAAGAGCCCCAGUCAGUUAGAAGGACAGUUUUACCCAGAGGAACUUCCCGUCAAUCACUCAUCAUCAGCAUGGCUCCUUCUGCUGAGGGCGGAGAAGAAGUUCUCACUAUUGAAGUCAAAGAAAAGGCUAAGCAAUAAAUGUUUUAUUAUCUUUAGAGGUGAUACAGCUAGUUCCCAAAGAGAUUGUACCUAGGAUUGUAACUUCAAUUAAUGAGGGGAAAUGACCUUGCUGGGACCCUUGAGAAACCAAAGGCAAAUCCCUAGCUUAGUUUCUAGGACUUAUCUGAGAGUGUGAUUUCAUGCAGUGGUAAUAAGAAGAUUAUUAAAAACCAUCCCUAUUCUCCAUUGUCAUUAACUUUAUGCAAUUGCUACAUCUUCUAAUUGCAUGUAGUAAGUUUUCUUUUCCUUUGAUUCUUUCCUGAUAUUUUUCUUCCUUCCAUUUUUACUAGCUUGCUCUUGCCUGUGAUGUGAUUCACUAACCUUUUCUCUUAAUUUUUACUGUGUUUAAUUUCUUGUAUGGUAGUGUUAAGCCUGGCUAAUUGUUCUAGGUUUAUGGAUUUCACCUCUUACAUGCAAGGGGUAUGAGAUUUUAAUGCAAUAGGUCAAAAAUCAGAUUAUUUUCAUUCAAAUGAGGAUGAUAAGUCACUAUAAUAUCAAAAAAUCCCCAGCAGCUGAACUGAAGGGAAGCAGAGACCACGAAGCCUUCUGAAUGAGAAGUCUGAUUUUUAGAACAGUCCCCUGAAGAGCAAUGUUGGUUGGCAGAACUAGCAAACUGACAAAAUCACAUUGCAGGAACAUACUGGAAAUAUUGUACCCUUUGCUAAAGAAAGAAACUUUAAUAUUUUCUCUUCUAACCAACUUAAAAGACACCAAUCUACCAAACUCAUCUGGCUCACGGGACUUGGACUAAAGGAUACAGGCUAAAGUGACACUUAUUAGAAUCUUCCUCAAGCACUUGCUGGAAAAGAUAUCAGAUUGGACUUCUUGUUUAAAAUUAAGGUUUAGUAAAAAAAAAAAAAAAAAAAAAAGUGAUGAGGUUAGGAAGGCAGACUGCACACACGUCAGAUUUACAUAGCCCCAUAAUUUGUGGAACCUACUUGUAUAGCUGUUUACAAAAUCUCCAAGUUAAUUAAGUGCACUUUAGAAAGUUGUCCUCAUGAAUUAGCUAGCAUUAGCAUAAUUACCAAAGUUACAUGCUGUGAAGAGGCUACAAAGGCCAGGCUGAUGUCGGAAGUAAUAAUACAUAGAGAAUUCCAUUCUAAUACAUGCCAUUAGUGUAUAACAUCGAGUUCUGUACAAUGAGGCUAUUUCCAAGUCCCUGAAGAUGGUCAUUGUAACAGCACUUUGCUGAGAGGGUUUUAACAAAUUAUAUUACUCGAAAAGCCUACAACAUAGAUGCAUUUAGCAAACCAUGUACAAAUCAAUCACUAUAACAAACUCUAUCAUCUGAUAGAGUCACCGUUUGUGAAUGUAGCGCUUGAGUAUCACAAAAUAUAACAAGUUUUACAAAAGGAUGGUUGAUUUUUUCAGGAUUUAAGGGAAUAUGGACAAAUUGUUAAAUAGCACUUAUUUGAGAAAUGGGAGUUUGUAUACAGAAAGAGUGAAUGUGUAUAAAAAGAGUGAUUUAAAAACCCAGAAAGAAAAGGUAGAAUAGGGCUGAAGAGUCUGAUAAUAGGAAAAGAAAAGGACAAAAGUCUUCAACUUGUGAACAAUAUGUUUUCUUCUUGAGGGAAUGUGCUCUCUUUCCGGGUCCACAAGGGGCCUUAGUUUUAAGGGCAAGAAUUUCCCAGUGCCAUGCCCAUCUCCCAUCUCUCUCCAUCCGGGAGAUUUAACAGUCUGUUUUAAUUCUCAUGGGCACGGGAAGAAUCAAAAAGUCAAUCACUCCAGCAGAAGUUCUAAGGAACACCUUUCAUUGGCCAGAGGUCUUGGAGAAGUGGGGGUUCCUCCCAGGUUAAAAGUCCCCUUCUUCCACACCCCUUUGGACUCCAUGUUUGGAUCCCCUUCCACGAACACUCUCUGGUGGAAGCCUGUCUUCCCCUCCUAAACUCCAUCUCUCUCUCUCAAUUCCCUUCCACCCAGUGAGGAAGCUGUCUUUCCUCUCCUGGGUUCCAUCUUUCUGGAUUCUCUCACUCAGUGUGAGAGGAGCUUUCCUUUUCUGGAUUUCCCCUCUUGAGUCCCCUUCUGCACUCUUCGUGGAAGUUUUCUCUCUUCUUUUUUUCCUUCUUUCUCUACCUAAAUAAAUUCACUUUCUGCAAAAACUCUGGGGUCUGGUGUUUACUUUGAGAGUGCACCUGGUCCCCUCUCUCAUUCUUGAGAGAGCAGGAGACCAAGAACCUUGGAGAAACGUUUUUUCAGGGGAGCUGAGAGCUCCCCUAAACCCCUGAACCCCAACACAUUUACAUCCCAUAAUUAAUUUGAAUGAUAUUAGAAUAUAACACCAUUGCAAUUUAUGCUCUUCCCCUGGCACUUAUUUUCCCUCCCAAGCUAUUCUGUUUCAGAUAAUAUCAAUUUAUUUCCAAUCCAUCAGACUAAUAUCUAAGAAAAUUCAAGAACUCUUCUAUUGUUUAUAUAGUGCCACCAAAUUCUUCUUCUUUUAUAAUCUUUCUAAUUAUCCUUUUUUUUCAGUCCCAGUGCUAACACCCAGUGCAUAUUUUCUGUUCAAUGCAAAUAAACAUGCAUUUUUUA